UCCGUCCUCUCUGCUCGCCGCCGUGUGGACGCUCUCUGCUGACACCCAACAUGAAGCUGUCCGGGCUGCUGGCUGUGUUUUCUCUGCUCUGUGCUGACCGGACAUGUUUGGGGCUGUCGCAUCCCAAACCGGCCUGUCGCUAUCCGCCUUCUCAGUGGUGUCGCUCCCUGGAAAUAGCGUUAGAGUGUAAGGUUCAGAAACAGUGUAUGGAGGUGAAUGCCACUCGGCCAAACCAGGCUGUUCCUCCAGUGUCCGUCGCUCUGUAUUAUGAGAGCAUGUGUCCAGACUGCAGAGUCUUCCUCACCCAGCAGCUGUUCCCCACCUGGACGAUGCUGCAGGACAUCAUGGCCGUCACACUGGUGCCUUAUGGGAACGCUAAGGAGAUUCCAUCUGCAAAUUCUCCCUUCACCUGUCAGCACGGACAACCUGAGUGCAGAGGAAACAUGAUUGAGGCCUGUAUCAUCCAUUUAAUGGGACACUCGGCUGCAUUUCACAUCAUCUACUGCAUGGAGUCGUCUGCAGAUGUUCUCAGUGCUGCACAGCCUUGCCUCCAGCUGUACGCUCCCUCUGUCUCCUGGUCCAGCGUUGAGUCCUGCGUGGAAGGAAGUCUGGGAAACCAGCUGAUGCACAAGAACGCUGCCAUGACCAGAGCUCUGAACCCUGCCCACACACACGUCCCAUGGGUCACCCUCAAUGGGGAAUACACAGAAGAGAAUGAAGACAAGGCGACAUUGUCCCUUUUCCAGUUGGUCUGUCAGCUGUACAAGGGUGUGAAGCCUCCAGCCUGCACUGGAGCGGCGGUCCGACUGAACAGAAGCUUUUGCUGAAUACAACAAAACUAAUUUCUAAAUGUCUGUGGGCCCUGCAUGAAAACUGCAUGAAAUCAUAUUAAAAUGUUUAGUCACAGAAUAUUCACCACCAGCAUAGACUGAGUUUUUGUGUCACAAAGCAGAAUAUUAUUAAAUUCCUCGUGUCCUGUAUGUUGUGGGUUUAAAUAUGAAAUUGAAUUAAAUCAGAGUUGUCCUACAUCAAGGCAUCCAUAUCAUAAACAAAACAUAGCCAGAUGCUUAUAAAUUUCCAUAUAGUUUAUUGGCAUCUUUCACUUAAAACACCCUGAACUCCCGAGACUCUUUUGGCUUAAAAUGCGAAACAAAAAUAUAGUUAAUUUCUUUGACAAAAACAUUGGAGUGGCAGGUGUAUACAUACUUGUAAAGUAUACUUGAUUUUUAGGCUCCAGAACAUAAAAUCAAAUGUCCUAUGUUACAGUACUUUGUCUCGACAGACACAUUUUGAAGAAUAAAUACUUUUUUUUUUUUUUUUUUUAUAGAAGUUUGCACGACACAGAGGCUGAGAAAACGAGACAUCAUGAACAGUAAUGGAGGCGGAAUCAGCGCAACACAAUAACAGAGCGAAAGCAGGGACUCUCCUGCUCGCGACACAUUUAACACUGUAUGGCACUGAUGUCUUCCUGUGAAGAGCCACAGAGCUACAUUUGUAAUGCCAACGUCAGUCCUCAGAUUGAAAAAAAA